AUGGACGGGCGUACCAAGGUGCCGUCGUACCAUGCCCCUCCGUUUGAGUCGCCACUGAGUGGCGCUACGAUCCAUGAGCUUCGGUGCUUGAAUGCCAAGAUCCAUCUUGGCUUCCACCUGGUGCCGCAUAUCGUACAGACGCUUCUGAACGACUUGCCGUCCAGUGCCUAUGUGCUGUUCACGGACACAAAUCUGGCGGGCCUCGGUGUCGUGGACCAGUUCCGUAAGGCUUUCGAGACAUAUACGCCAUCAGGCUCUACGUCACGGCUGCUUGUCUAUGAAGUGUCGCCAGGUGAAGAAAGCAAGAGCCGUGAGACCAAAGCGAAGAUGGAGGACUGGAUGUUUGAGCACCGCCUUACGCGUGAUACGGUCGUGAUGGCGUGUGGUGGUGGUGUGAUUGGUGACCUGGUCGGCUUUGUCUCGGCUACGUUCAUGCGUGGGCUCAAGUUUGUGCAGAUUCCGACGACGCUCUUGGCGAUGGUCGACUCGGCAGUGGGCGGCAAGACGGCCAUUGACCAUCCCCUGGGAAAGAACUUGAUUGGCGCGUUCCACCAGCCCGAGUACGUGUUUGUGGAUGCGGCGUGGCUCUUGACGUUGCCGCCGCGGGAGUUUAGCAAUGGCAUGGCCGAGGUGGUAAAGACGGCGGCCAUCUGGGAUGCUGCUGACUUUAUGAAGCUUGAAAGCGAGUCGGAGGCCAUUCGUGCUGCUGUGCUCAGCGAGGAGGCGCGUACGGGCCCAGCCGAUCAGGGCCGUACAUUGGCCACUCGCACGACCUCGCAAUCGCUGCUGCUGGAUGUGAUCCGUGGCAGUAUUGGUGUCAAGGCCCACAUUGUCACAAUCGACGAGAAGGAGACGGGUCUGCGCAACCUGGUCAACUUUGGCCACUCGGUGGGCCACGCGAUUGAGGCUGUGCUUACGCCGGAAAUUCUGCAUGGCGAGUGUGUGUCCAUUGGCAUGAUCUACGAGGCGGAGAUUGCGCGCCAAAUGCAUGGACUGCCGCAAGUCGCGAUCAGUCGUCUUGUGCGGUGUCUCAAGAACUAUGACUUGCCCGUCUCGCUGAACGACCCUCGCAUUGCGACGUUGUCCAAGGCACAGGAGCUGACGGUGGACCGCCUGCUGGACAUUAUGCGUGUCGACAAGAAGAACGCUGGCUCACAGAAGAAGAUUGUGCUGCUUUCGCGUAUUGGCGCGACCGUUGAGGAGCGCGCCAGCACGGUCCCCGAUGCGAUCAUUUCGCAGGUCCUGGCACCUGCCAUUGUCGUGCGGGAGGCCCUGUCUGCGCCGCCGGCGCAUGUGACGCUAUCGACGCCUGGCUCCAAGAGUUUGUCGAAUCGUGCGUUGGUCCUUGCUGCGCUGUCGCGUGGUGUGUGCCGGCUGACCAACCUGCUGCAUUCGGACGAUACGCAGGUGAUGAUGAAUGCGCUGCGAACGUUGCAAGCGGCCGAUUUCACAUGGGAAGACAAUGGCGCGACGUUGGUUGUCCAGGGCCAUGGCGGUCGUUUGACGGCGACCUCCGAGCCGCUGUACCUGCAAAAUGCCGGUACCGCAGCGCGGUUUAUGACCGGCGUAUGCACGCUGCUCACCGACGGCGAGGUGACACUGACAGGCAAUGCGCGUAUGAAGGAGCGCCCUAUCGGCCCGUUGGUCGAUGCGCUCCAAGCGAAUGGCGCGUCCAUUGCGUACGUGGAGAACGAGAAGGCGCUGCCUCUGCACAUCACAGGGCAGGGCGGUCUGCGUGGUGGGCGUCUGACACUGGCCGCGGACGUGUCCUCGCAGUACGUUUCGUCGAUUCUGCUGUGUGCGCCGUGUGCUCAGUCGCCUGUAGAGCUCGAGCUGGUCGGCGGCAAAGUGAUUUCGCAGCCGUACAUUGACAUGACCGUCUCGAUGAUGGCCGCGUUUGGUGUGCACGUGGAGCGCGUCUCAGAGUUUGUGUACCGCAUUCCGAACCAGGGCUACUCGCCCCCGGCCCACUACGCGGUGGAAAGCGAUGCGAGCAGUGCGACGUACCCGCUGGCGUACGCUGCGCUUACCGGGACCACAGUGACGAUUCCUACGAUGGGCACUGCCAGCCUUCAAGGCGAUGCCGCGUUUGCGCGCGCCGUUCUCGAGCCGAUGGGAUGCCGUGUGGAGCAGACUGCGACCAGCACCACAGUCACUGGGCCGCCGGUCGGCACGCUGCAGGCGCUGGGCGAGAUCGAUAUGGAGCCGAUGACCGAUGCGUUCCUCACGGCUGCGAUGCUGUUUGCCGUGGCGCAAGGUGGUGCGACGCGCAUUACUGGCAUCGCCAAUCAGCGUGUGAAGGAGUGCGAUCGUUUGCGUGCCGUGGCUACCGAGCUGGGCCAUUUAGGCGUGCAGGUGGAAGAGCUGGACGAUGGCCUCAUUGUGCAUGGCCAGCCCAGGUCGUCGCUGACGCCCCAUGCGUCAAUUGCAUGCUAUGACGACCACCGCAUUGCGAUGGCCUUCAGUACGCUCGCGACGGUGGUCCCCGGCGCCGGCACGACGAUCCUUGAGAAGCGCUGUGUCGAGAAGACGUGGCCCGCAUGGUGGGAUGUGCUGGGCCCGCUGCUCAACGUGCCGCUGGCCAGUGCCCUGAACGAUGCGCCGCUGAUUCCCGCGCCGCGCCGCGAACGUCGUGAGACGGACGCUCCGACGCCGGCGCUGUACGCACACGACGCUACGAUUGUGCUGAUCGGCAUGCGUGCUUCGGGCAAGUCGCAUGUCGGUCGUGCGUUGGCUCAGCGUAUGCACCGCACAUACAUCGACGCCGAUGAGGUGUUUGCUUCGCGACACGAUCUCGGCGCGUAUGUCGCGACGCACGGCUGGCCGGCGUUCCGCGAGGAAGAAACGCGCAUUCUCUCGGAACUGCUGCACAACUACCCACGUGGCCACGUCCUGGCACUCGGCGGCGGCGUCAUUGAGACGGCGCCAAGUCGCGCGCUGCUGCAUACGUUCCGCGAGCAGACCGGCCCGGUGGUGCAUGUCGUGCGGCCGUUUGAGGAGAUUGAGUCGUUCCUUGCGACGAGCGACCGACCGGCGUACGGGGAGCCGCUGCGCGACGUGUUCGAACGUCGCUGGCCGCUGUACCAGCACUGCGCGUGCCUUGAGACGGUGAACGAUGGGCCGGACUGUGUCACAGGGCUGAUCCGGCAGCUCGCGACGCCCUUGGGUGGCCAUGAUGCCAUGUGGCCAAGUCGCUCGGCGCAUCCAGCGUAUUUCCUCUCGCUGACGUUUCCGCAUGUUCAAGACGCUUUGCCGCUACUGGACCAGGCCUCGGCGGGCGCCGACGUGCUGGAGCUGCGUGUGGAUUUGCUGCAUCCGCACGGCACACCCACGCUCGAUGACGUGCGCACGCAAGUCGCCCUCCUUCGCCGCUCGACCAGUCUCCCGAUCCUGUACACGGUCCGCAGCGUGUCGCAAGGCGGCCGAUUCCCAGAGGAGGACGAGGAUGGGUACUUUGCACUUACGCGUCUUGGACUGCGUCUCGGCUGUGAGUACGUCGAUAUCGAGCUGCAUCGGGCCAUAGAGCGCUUGGCCGAUCUUAAGGAGGCCAAGGGCCAUACGCGCCUCGUCGCCUCGUCGCAUGACACCACAGGCACGAUGCACUGGCUCGCGCCUGCGACGCGGCGGCUGUACGCGCGCGCAUGUGCCUUGGGCGACAUUGCCAAGUUGGUCGGCAGUGCUCGUACGAUGCAGGACAGCAUGGACUUGGAGCAGUUCCGCGCGACGGUAGCGAAGGAAGCGCCGCAUCCGCUGAUUGCGAUCAAUAUGCAUGCAGCUGGCCAGCUCACUCGCAUCCUCAACCCGCUACUGACACCUGUCACGCACCCGGCCCUGCCCAGCGCUGCGGCGCCUGGGCAGAUGAGCGUCGCGCAAAUCCAGCAAGCUCGUCAUUUGCUGGGCCUCCUGCCUGCGCGCCGUUUCUUCCUGUUUGGCACGCCAAUUGCGCACUCGCUCAGUCCGCUGAUCCACAACACGGGCUUCCAAGCGCUGGGCUUGCCGCAUAGCUAUGCCUUGCAUGAGUCUGCCGAGGUCGAUGACGACCUUGCCGCGCUGGUUCGCGCGCCGGACUUUGGCGGUGCGAGUGUCACGAUCCCGCAUAAGCUGCGUAUUAUGCAGCUUUUGGAUGCCGUGUCACCGGAUGCACAAGCCAUCGGCGCGGUGAACACGAUCAUUCCGCAGGUUCAGGAGGAUGGACAUGUGUCUUUGCUCGGCGAGAACACGGACUGGCGUGCGAUGGUCGAUCUGGCGCGUGCGCGCUUCAAGGGCACGUCGUUCACGGCGUUGGUCAUCGGCGCUGGUGGCUCAGCGCGGGCGGCGUUGUAUGCGCUGCACAAGCUCGGCGCGACGCGCAUUUUGCUGUACAACCGUACGCACGAAAAAGCUGUGGCACUGGCCAACGAGGUGCCGGUCGAAUGGCGCGUCGUUCCCCUGUCCUCGCUCGACGACGCGGUGCGUGAGUCGCCCCGUGUGAUUAUUAGCAAUGUGCCUGCGCAGGGCACGUCGCUCUCCCUAGGCGGCGCGGACAUUGUACUGCCUGCUCAUUUGCUCUGUGCGGAAGGCGGUGUAGCGAUUGAUAUGGCCUACCGCCCGGCAAUGACCCCGCUCUUGACAUUGGUCGAGCAGCAUGGCGCAUGGCAUGGCGUGCGUGGUCUCGAGAUUCUUCUCGAGCAGGCGUACCACCAGUUCCGUCUGUGGACGGGUCUGCCUGCGCCCGAGGCUGUCAUUGCUCCGACAGCCUGGCAGGCGUACCAGUCGUCGUGA